CCACCAUCUGCAGACUGUGCCAAGGUGAACAUGCAGUGGGUGUGUGUGAAACAGGGGCCAGGCACCUCCGUCUUGCUGAUGAACACCUUGGCCUGGGUCUGGACAGGUGCAAUUGAACAUGUCCCCAAAAUAGAUGGUCAGCAUCGUGCUGCACUCACUCUGAAAGAGAAUGUCACCCACAAGUUCAACUGCCAAUCGGAGGGCUGGAAUCCUCAGGCCCCGCCCCUGCUGACGUGGUACCUCAACGGGGAACGCCAGAGACCACCGUCCGAGAAACAUGCAGCAGGGCGCCUGAUGAUCACCUCACACGAGGAGUCUGGAAUGACGAAGCCGAACUCCAAGCACAACAGCACCUUCUCUCUGAGAGCCAGGAAGUGGGACAGGGAGUUGGUGUGCGCCGUCUCUGGCCCUCACAGUGGAGAGAGCUACAACGCCACCGUCACUCUCAAUGUGCAGUUCCAGCCAGAGAUUCUGCGUGUGACUGCACACUACACAGAAACCUCAGAACCCGGCCUCUCCCUGGUCCUCUUUGCUUUGGUACGAUCCAACCCCCCCGCCCACAUUACCUGGGUGGACCAUUCGGGCCAGCAGGUGGCCAACACAUCCGACUUCCUCAUCCUGGACUCGAGAAGCUAUCCCUGGCUGACCAACCACACACUUCGGGUUAACCUAGGCAGCCUGUCAGGAAAUGUCUCUGUGAAUGCCAGUAACAGUAUUGGUGCUGUGCAAAGCAACCUAACUUUGGCAGGUCUGACAGAAUUCCUCCAGUCCAGGGUGGAGGUGUCAGUACUGGGCAUCCUGACAGGGGGCGCUGUGGGCUUUAUCACCCUCCUCGUCCUCAGCCUUCUGGUGCUCUGCCUUCUGCACAAGAACAAGACGAAAGCCAUCGUCGAUGAGCCAAUAGAGAUUAUAAUGGAGAAGAAACGUAUCGAGUCGCCCACUGUGAAGAUUGACAAGAUGCAUUUACCCAGAGAGAACAUGUCCUUACCUUCCAACCUACAACUGAACGACCUCAACACCCUGCGUAAAGCACGGGAGGCCGCCAGACAUCGCCUGGGUGAGGCGAGGAGGGACGAUGAGGAAGAUGAGGACCUGUCUGCCGCCUACGCUGCCAGGGGCUUUGCACGCUACCCUAUGAUUGGCUACAUCUACAAGGUGAACAGCAUGAGCAGUGACGAGAUCUGGCUCUGACAGCAGUCCCACCCACGGGCGGCGGGGUCAACCCACACCUUGACCAACAGGAACCUCAGAACGGCUGCCAAUUAGCCUUUCCCAUCUUCAACAGGACCAAUAGAGAUGCCGAGAUAAGCUGGGCGAACCUUCCAGUUGGAUAGUGUAGGUGGCUAUAGUAUUAGAAAAGUUGUCCAUGUAAAUCUAUUACAACAGGUAAUCACAUUCCAUCUUGAUUCAUGGGGGAGGGGGGGGAAUAAUUCUUUGUCGGUUGGCGUGUGUUUUCUAUUGGUUCCCGAUGUGCCUGUGUUGACCAUUUAUAUGGUAUCACAAAUGGAUCAGAAACAAGGCUAAGACCUCUUACUGCCACAGACUGAACCAUCUGAACCGGGUCUGGGACGGACACAUUUAGAUGGCCCGCUGGCCCGGCCAACGCCCUCAACGUCCAUGUCUUCAUACCUGUCUGUGGACCUCAUACCGUGCCCAUGGGCUCCUGUCACACCCUGGAAUGCUUUGUGUUCUGAAUAUAACAUAUAUGUUAUGUUAUCCUCAUGAGCAUGUCCCUGACAAUGUAUGUAAACUGAUGCUGUAUAUCUCUGGUUAUAUACUGUACAUGUAAAAGAUAGAUAUUAAACCCUGUGUAUUUGUAUAUUACAUCUGUGUAUAUUUGUAUGCAAUAUGUAUA